AUGCCCGGCAUGGUCGAGGAGAACCCCGAGCUCAUCCAGCCCGAGAGCUGGGCGCGGAUGAAGUCGUGGAGCGGCAAGACGCCCGUCUUCCUCUUCCACGACGGCGGCGGCACCACCUUUGCCUACCACUGCCUGGACCCCCUGCAGCGCUUCACCUACGGCGUGCGCAACCCGCACUUUUACACCGAGAAGCGCUUCGACGGCGGCAUGCCCGCCAUGGCCGCCCAGUACGUCGCCUGGGUGCGCGCCGCCGUCGCCUCCGACACCUUCCCCGCGAAGCGCCCCGCCGGCACCGGCGGCCCCGUGGACAUUCUCGUCGGCGGCUGGAGCCUCGGCGGCAUGACGGCGCUCGAGGUCGCGCGCCAGCUGCACGCGGACCCGGAGCUGCGCGUGCGCGGCAUCCUCAUGAUUGACAGCGCCUUUCCGGCGCUGCUCGCCGAGCGUCGCCAGCAGGUCAUCCAGGACGAUGAUGAUCAGGCGGCGCAAGAGGCCGGCAAGACGCGCAACCAGGUGCUGUCGCUCCGCGCCAUGCGCGAGGCCCGCCGCAUGAUUGCGCGCUGGGAGCUGCCGGCGUGGGAGGGCGGCGCGCGGCGCCCGCCCGCGAUCCUGAUCCGCGCGCGCGACAGCCUCUACGCGCAGGACUGGAGCGCCGCGAUUGACACGAACCGCGCGGACAAGAUGCUCGGGUGGGAGCGCUACGACGCUGACAUGUUUGUCGACGUGCUCGACGUCGACGGCCACCACUUCAACAUGUUUGACCAUGCGCGCAUCCCGGGCAUCACGGCCGCCAUUGCAAAGGCGCUUACGAGGCUCGAUCCCAGGACCGCGCCGGACGAGACGCCCGAUCCGUGGGAUAUGGUGCAUGCGGGAUCCUGA